CGCAAAGGUAACGGCGCAGCAAUCUGCGGCUGACUAGGCUGCGGACGUCCUCAUCCGCUUUCUCUGUUCCAGUCUGGCGGCGUGGUUUGCGCCGAGGACCCGCGGAGUGCCUGGGAGGUAGCACGUGCCCGUCCGUAGUCGCCUCGUGAAGGGCGCGCCCCCCGGUCUUGGCCGGCUCCCUGGCUGACGCCGCCCGCGGCGGCCACCUGUGGAGAGCGCGUCCUCCCCGCUUCGUCUCCUGGGCUGGAAGGAGAACUGACGCUACGUCCCCAGCGCUGCACGACCUGCCGCAGUCCGGUGAUAUGGAGAAUACUCUUCAGGAUGAGAUAGAAGCCAUUCUGCAGAAGAGGAUUGUGGUACUAGAUGGCGGGAUGGGAACCAUGAUCCAGCGAUACAAGCUGAAUGAAGAAAGCUUUCAAGGUCAAGAAUUUAAAGAUCAUGCCAGGCCACUGAAAGGAAACAAUGACAUUUUAAGUAUAACUCAACCUGGUAUCAUUUACCAAAUUCAUAAGGACUACUUGCUGGCUGGGGCAGAUAUCAUUGAAACAAAUACUUUUAGCAGCACCAGUAUUGCCCAAGCUGACUAUGGCCUUGAACACUUGGCCUACAGGAUGAACAAGUGCUCUGCAGCUGUGGCAAGAAAAGCUGCUGAGGAGAUAACGCUUCAGACAGGAAUCAAGAGGUUUGUGGCAGGAGCUCUGGGUCCAACUAAUAAGACACUCUCUGUGUCCCCAUCUGUGGAAAGACCAGAUUAUAGGAAUAUCACGUUUGAUGAGCUCGUUGAAGCAUACCAAGAGCAGGCCAAAGGACUUCUGGAUGGAGGUGUUGAUAUCUUACUUGUUGAAACUAUUUUUGAUACUGCCAAUGCCAAGGCAGCUUUGUUUGCACUCAAGGAACUUUUUGAAGAGAAUUAUGCUCCUCGACCCAUCUUUAUUUCAGGGACCAUUGUUGAUAAAAGUGGCCGGACUCUUUCUGGACAGACAGGAGAGGCAUUUGUCAUCAGUGUUUCUCAUGGAGACCCACUCUGCAUUGGAUUAAAUUGUGCUCUAGGUGCAACUGAAAUGCGACCUUUUAUUGAAACAAUUGGAAAAUGUACAAAUGCCUAUGUCCUUUGUUAUCCCAAUGCAGGUCUUCCCAACACUUUUGGUGACUAUGAUGAAACGCCUUCCAUGAUGGCUAUGCAACUAAAGGACUUUGCUGUGGAUGGCUUGGUCAAUAUAGUUGGCGGAUGCUGUGGUACAACACCAGAUCAUAUCCGGGAAAUUUCUGAAGCUGUGAAAAAUUGUAAGCCUAGGGUUCCACGUGCCAGUGUUUUUGAAGGACAUAUGUUACUCUCUGGUCUAGAGCCCUUCAGGAUUGGACCAUACACCAACUUUGUUAACAUUGGAGAGCGCUGUAACGUGGCAGGAUCCAGGAAGUUUGCUAAACUCAUCAUGGCAGGAAACUAUGAAGAAGCCCUGAGUGUGGCCAAAGUGCAGGUGGAAAUGGGAGCUCAGGUGCUGGAUGUCAACAUGGAUGAUGGCAUGCUAGAUGGUCCAAAUGCAAUGACCAGAUUUUGCAACUUCAUUGCAUCCGAGCCUGACAUUGCCAAGGUGCCCUUGUGCAUUGAUUCUUCCAAUUUUGCUGUGAUUGAAGCUGGGUUAAAGUGCUGCCAAGGGAAAUGCAUAGUGAAUAGCAUUAGUCUGAAGGAGGGAGAAGAGGACUUCUUGGAGAAGGCCAGGAAGAUUAAGAAGUUUGGAGCUGCUGUUGUAGUCAUGGCUUUUGAUGAAGAAGGACAGGCGACCGAAACAGAUGUCAAAAUCGGUGUGUGCACUCGAGCCUACCAUCUACUUGUGAAGAAAGUGGGCUUUAAUCCAAACGACAUCAUCUUUGACCCCAACAUCCUCACCAUUGGUACUGGGUUGGAAGAACACAACUGGUAUGCCGUCAAUUUUAUCCAUGCAACCAAAGUCAUUAAAGAAACACUACCUGGAGUCAGAAUAAGUGGAGGUCUUUCCAAUUUGUCCUUCUCCUUCCGAGGAAUGGAAGCGAUUCGAGAAGCAAUGCAUGGGGUUUUCCUGUACCAUGCAAUCAAGUUUGGUAUGGACAUGGGGAUAGUGAAUGCAGGCAAUCUCCCGGUGUAUGAUGACAUCCAUAAGGAACUCCUUCGGCUCUGUGAAGAUCUCAUCUGGAAUAAAGACCCCGAAGCCACCGAAAAGCUCUUACGUUAUGCCCAGACUCAUGGCAAAGGAGGGAAGAAAGUCAUCCAGACUGAUGAGUGGAGGAAUGGCCCCAUUGAAGAGCGCCUUGAGUACGCACUCGUGAAGGGCAUUGAAAAAUAUAUUAUUGAGGACACUGAGGAAGCCAGGUUGAACCAGGAAAAAUACCCUCGACCUCUGAAUAUAAUUGAAGGACCCUUGAUGAAUGGCAUGAAAGUUGUUGGUGACCUUUUUGGAGCUGGAAAAAUGUUUCUACCUCAGGUGAUCAAGUCAGCCCGGGUCAUGAAGAAGGCUGUUGGUCACCUUAUCCCCUUCAUGGAAAAAGAAAGAGAAGAGAAUAGAGUGGUUAAUGGCACUGUGGAAGAAGAGGACCCUUACCAAGGAACCAUUGUGCUGGCCACCGUUAAAGGCGAUGUACAUGACAUAGGCAAGAACAUAGUUGGAGUGGUCCUCGGCUGCAAUAAUUUUAGAGUUAUUGACUUAGGAGUCAUGACUCCCUGUGAUAAGAUACUGAAAGCUGCCCUUGACCACAAAGCAGAUAUAAUUGGCUUGUCAGGACUCAUUACUCCUUCCCUAGAUGAAAUGAUUUUUGUUGCCAAGGAAAUGGAAAGAUUAGCCAUAAAGAUUCCAUUGUUGAUUGGAGGGGCAACCACUUCGAGAACCCACACGGCAGUUAAAAUAGCUCCAAGAUACAGCGCACCUGUAAUCCACGUCUUGGACGCAUCCAAGAGUGUAGUGGUAUGUUCUCAACUGUUAGAUGAAAAUCUAAAGGAUGAAUACUUCGAGGAAAUCAUGGAAGAAUAUGAAGAUAUUAGACAGGACCAUUAUGAGUCUCUCAAGGAGAGGAAAUAUGUACCCUUAAGUCAAGCCAGAAAAAAUGGUUUCCACAUUGAUUGGCUGUCUGAACCUCCCCCAGUGAAGCCCACAUUUAUCGGGACCCGGGUCUUUGAAGACUAUGACCUUCAGAAGCUGGUGCACUACAUUGACUGGAAGCCUUUCUUUGAUGUUUGGCAGCUCCGGGGCAAGUACCCGAAUCGAGGCUUUCCCAAGAUAUUCAAUGACACAACAGUAGGUGAAGAGGCCAAAAAGGUGUAUGAUGAUGCCCAGAAUAUGCUAAACCUACUAAUCAGUCAAAAGAAACUGCAGGCCAGGGGUGUGGUUGGAUUCUGGCCUGCACAAAGUGUCCAAGAUGACAUUCACCUGUAUGCGGAGGAUGUGAUGCCCCAGGCCAUGGAGCCCAUAGCCAUUUUCUAUGGGUUGAGGCAGCAGGCCGAGAAGGACUCUGCCAGCACAGACUCUUACCACUGCCUCUCAGAUUUUGUUGCUCCCCUGCAUUCUGGUGUCCGUGACUACCUGGGCCUAUUUGCUGUCGCCUGCUUUGGGGUGGAAAAGUUGAGCAAAGCCUAUGAAGAUGACGGUGAUGACUACAGCAGCAUCAUGGUCAAGGCUCUGGGGGACCGACUGGCAGAGGCCUUCGCAGAGGAGCUCCAUGAGAGGGUUCGCAGAGAACUCUGGGCCUACUGUGACAGUGAGCAGCUGGGCGUUGCAGACCUGCGCAAGCUCCGGUAUGAGGGCAUCCGGCCAGCUCCUGGGUACCCCAGCCAGCCUGAUCACACUGAGAAGCUUACCAUGUGGCGACUGGCGAGCAUCGAGCAGUGCACAGGCAUCAGGUUAACAGAGUCCUUGGCCAUGGCACCUGCCUCAGCAGUAUCAGGACUCUAUUUCUCCAACUUGAAUUCCAAAUAUUUUGCUGUGGGGAAAAUUUCCAAGGAUCAGAUUGAAGAUUAUGCUUUGAGGAAGAACAUGUCUGUGGCUGAGGUGGAGAAGUGGCUUGGACCUAUUUUGGGAUAUGAUACAAACUAAUUUUUUUUUUAACUUCUCUGUGAGUUAAAAAAACUUGCUGAUCUCAAGGAGACAGAAGCCAGAGUGCCUUAAAAAUAACAACAAAAGGCCCAUGUGAUUCUGGUUGACAUGGCCCUACUUCAGAUUUUUGGAAGACUGUAUUGUAGGUUACAAGUGCUGUUUUUCAGGGAUCUUGAAUGAGGAACAGUGAGAUUCCAGUGGCAUCCCUGGUCCCUCGGGAACUGGGACAAAAUGGCAACACAGGUCUUUUGCAUUUCAAAGCAAGUCACCUUGCUUUUUUCCGUUUUUACUUUGGAUCCAAGAGGGCUUAUAACCUUUUUUUUUUUUUUUUUUUUUUUCAUUACCCCUUCUUCUAGAAAAAAAGCCUAAAACACAGUUAAAUAGAGAAACUUCUACAGAGAAAUGUGAUCCUGUGGCAAAAUGCCACUGUGAGAAAUGGGGCACUUUAGUCUAAAUGGUUCUAAGAGUAGACUCUUACAGGGAAGAAAGUAUAUCUCUGUGCUCUGUCUGGAAGAUCUCAUUAUCUAAAACUCGAUUAAAUGGUUGUAGAAUUCCUUUUGGCAAAAGGCAUACUCUCACUGGUUGCCUGUCAGAAACACUCGUGCUGUUUGCCCUGCUCUGAUCAAUAUAGUCAUACUAUCCGAGCUUAUUUGUCAUAACUCCUUCCCCACGAGGGAAAAAGGAAGUGAGGAGAGAGUGGCUAUUAAGGGUGUUUAGUCUUUUUUGAGUUGAGCAGGUUCUCAGCUGGGCUGUGAUGACCUGUGCAGAGUUGGGCCAGUAGAGGGCAUAAGGCUACUCAAGUCUUUGCUUUCUGUAUUGCCCCAACUCCAAGAUCCAAAUCAAAAUUUGAAUCAGAAGUAGCACAGUUGACUGUUUCUUGAUUAUAUGGGGGUAUAUAGUGAAUAGCCUUGCACUUGAAGUCAAACAUACAUGGACUCAAACUUCAGCUUUGCUGCGUAAUUGCUAUGUGACAUAAAGAAUUUUCCCCAUUUUACUGCUUGCUGUGCUUUAUAAGAAGGAGGCUGGUUUGUGCAGUGGUGGUUGAGAUCAAGUCUCACAGUACACUGUUUCUCCUUUGAACUCCUCUGCAGUCUGCUGCCUUGUGCUCAUGCUGAAUUCAUAAAGAAGAGCCUGCCUUUUUCCUUUUCUCUCAGGUUUGCUCCCAACAAAUACUUGGGUGCUUGCCAUGUGCCGGCCAUUUCCCCCUGCCAUCCUCUCCUUAAUUCUAUGAAGUUAGGCGUGUGUGUGUGUGUGUGUGUGUGUGUGUGUGUGCGUGCGCGCGCGUGUGCGUGGGUUUCCAUCUUUUCUGCCAGUAAUGACCUCUUUAAUUGUCAGACUCAGUGACCUUUCCAUCCAGUGUGUUUUCUUCUCUUUGGAUAGUAUUAGCUUUUUCCAAACUCUUCUUACCCUCAUUCUCCAUUAACAUCACUCUCUGGUUAGCCUUCUCCAGUUAUGAUCAUUUCUUAAUCAUUUUCAUAAUUUUCUCCUCCACUGCCUACUUAAACCUUCGUGUUCCUGAGGGUUUGUCUUUAGUUGAUUUCUUAGUCUGUCCAGUUUCAGUGGUAGGCUCAUUCAGUCAGUACCUCAAGGUCAUUUGUCCUCUGUCCUGAAGAACAUAGCUGUAUGUUCUGUUCCCAGUGUGUCCCAGACCCAGGCUAUAGAUGGCUUUUCUUUUUAAUCCCUGUAUAGUCAAUAAUGAGCGGUGCUGCUACCUGAGCAGCAGUCCUCAAACUCACUUAUCUUUUUCCUUUGACUGUUGCAGUUUUUUCAAAACUUGGUGCAUAAAAGCUACACUUAACCCACGUUAGGUGGGACGGUGGUGGACACAUUCAGGGAAGGCAAUGACUGAGUCGUGAAUUAGAACCUGAAAGAUAAAGAUGGAGCAGCAAGGCAGGGGCCUUUGUUUACAAAUAGGAGUGUCGAAGGCUCUCAGGACACCCAAGUUUUCCAAACUGAGCUACAGUUUCACUGCCAUUUUCCAACAGAGGUUAUGUUAAACAUAAACAGAUACUUAAGCAGCUUCUGUUAAACAUAAGCUGAUACUUGCUGUAUCUUAAAUAGCAAAGGACUGAGCAGUCAGAUGCUUGUAAAAAUGAAGGAGUUUAGGGGAAUUGGCUUAUAGCACAUAACAUUUUGUUGUAGAGAUAGCAUCCUGUGUCAUACAGAGGUGGCUUUUUGAACAAUGGAAGGAAACAGAGAGCCCAGAAACCAGCCCAAACAUGUUGACUUUUGAAUCCAGAUAGAGGUGGUACGGGAGGUCUUGUGGAACACAAAGAACUACAGAUACCAUGCAAGAACAGUGUUUAUUCGUUUAGGAGCAAGGGAAGCUGAUCACUGCCUUAUACCUUAUCCAGCACUCACUCCAAAUACAUAAAGAGCUUUAAUAGAAAAGGAAAAAUAGUGAAUGUUUACAUGAGAAUAAACACUCAGACUCUCUUGAGAGAGAAAGCACUAAUUAUAAAAGAUAAUAAAAUACGACUACAUCAGGCCUACCAAAUAAGGACUUACGUUAGACAGCUGAAGUGAAAAGACAAGCCACAACUUAAGAAGGCAUCUUUAUAAUACAAAUAAUAACUGACAAAAGAUCAGUAAUCCAAAUACAUAGAGGAUUUAAAAAAAAAAAGACUCAGGUCCUUUCACUUUGGACGUACAGAUAGACAAAUAGCAUCAGUGAUCAGAGAAGCACGAAUUAAAACCACAGUGAGAGUUCAUGUUACGUUAGUAAGAUUUAUACAAAUUGGACCUGACAGAACAAUUGUUAAAGAAGAUAUGUGGAAACUCACAUACUAGGUGCGUGUUGCAUGGUGCCAUUGCUUGAGAAAUAAGUUUUGUCCUGGCUCCCCACUCCCAGUCACAUAUACAACAAAGCCCUAGGCUUUGAUGUGCUCAGGAAUGUGUAAAGGUGUUCGUAGUUACAUUUGUAAUUGUUAACUGGAAAAAAUGGAAUGUGUGUCUACAGAAGAACGGAUUCAUAAAUUAGAUACAUCGACCCUGAAGGAGUAAUAUUUUGUAGUGAAUGAGCUACUCCUGUACUUCACGAUACAAGUGAAUCUCAGAAAAUAUUAAUGGAAAAAAUGAGUAGUAUGAGACCACAUGUGGUACGGUACUAUUUUUAUUUUGCUUAUAAACAGAACCAAAGGAUAUAUCGUCUAAACAUGAAUAUGUGAUAAAACUAUGUUUUAAAGGGUUUGGAAAAAAAAUAGGACAGUAAACCAAAACCUAGCUUAGUGAUUGCCUGUGGAGGGAGAAUAGAAGGUGGAAAUUCAGUGGUAUAUGAGUUAGGAGGAACAUUCUAGUUCUUGGGUGGGAGGGCUAUGGGUGUUUAAUAUACAUUGUAUUUUGCUUUAUAACAGUUUUGUGUCUUUUUUUUGGUGGGGGGUGCUGGGGAAUGUUAACUCAGGAUCUUCCACUUGCAA